UAUUGCACUCACCGUCUUGUUCCUUCUUUUAGAAACCGUGUGUUGAACAUUAGAUAGCCAAGGAGCAGCACUCUGAACUGAGCCCUGUGACUUCCUGGGGAUCCUCCUCUCACAAAUAUAAGGGCAGGUCAAGAAAUUAGGGAGCAGGGACUCGAGCAUUCCCAGGCCAAGCUCUGCCUGCCCAGCAAGAAGAUGCAUGUCCCAAUGGCUGCUUUCUCCUUCCUCCUCCUUGUUGUUACCCUGGGUUCUCAGGCAUUGGUCAUACAUGAAUCAAAGAUAGGAGAACUCCUGAAGGCAAAGCGUCAACAUGGGCCAACAAUUACUCAGCAAGGUAUUAGCCGUCCGUCUGACUGCUGCUUCUCCUACACUUCCCGGAGAAUCCGAUGCUCGGUCAUUAGAGAUUAUUUCUUAACAAGCAAUGGAUGUCCCCUGCCAGGUCUCAUUGUCCUUACCAGGAGAGGGCAACGUGUCUGUGCCAACCCCAGUGACUCAAGAAUUCAGAGUUGCAUCGGAAUCCUGAACGUGACUUCGAGGGCUCAGGACCUUGGCAUUUAUAAAGGAGAAGAUAUAGGCAGGCCAAAGCGUCGGAGAAUAGUGAGUCCAGGUUCCUCAGGCCAACUCUGUCUUCCUACCAAGAAGAUGAAGUUCUCCAUGGUUUCGCUCUCCUUUCUCACCCUUGCUGCUGUCCUAGGAACCCAAGCCCAGGUGAUAAAUGAAACAGGAGAACCCCUGAUGGUACAGCAUCAGCCUGAACCAACAAACAAGUUUCAACAAGCCUUUCUCUACCCUUCUGAUUGCUGUUUCUCCUAUACUCCACGAAGCAUCCGGUGUGCAUUCAUGAGAGAUUGUUUCUUAACAAGCAGUGGCUGUUCCACGCCAGGUGUGAUCUUCAUCACCAAGAAGGGGCAACGUGUCUGUGCCAACCCCAGCGAUCAUUCUGUUAAAAAAUGUAUGAAAAUGCUGAAAUCCUGCCUCUGAAAAGGGGCUGGGAAAUGCUAGCUACCCCCCCCCUCCACCUCUCCUGUCCUACCACCUCCUAUGAAUUUCUUGGCCUCAAUUAUAAUUUAAAAUUGCUUUACAAUUCAAAGCCAUUUAAUGAAUACAUCUUCUUUGACCACUUCUACCCCCAAAUACUGAUAUUAUUAUGUGGUUCUAUAAUCAAAUAGGGAGCUUCCGAACCUAAGAUUAUAUGUUCAAAUGUGACUUUUUUUAAUUUUCAAAUUCUUACUGGUGAGUUCUUGUUAAAACAAAUUACACAUUAAAUCAAGCACAUUCAAUUUAACUUUGUUGGACUUUUUAAAAAAGGAAAUAAACUGAAAUAAAGCUG